CACCUCCCCAUCCAAGAAACUGGAAAGUAAACAAACAUUGAAAACACAAUAAGGCACUAUCCUUUUACAAUUUAUGCUCUUCGUUUAAAGAUUUUAAACGAUUCACCACUAAGAAUAUUAAAUUCAGAAUACUAAAUCGAUAAUAACAAUCUGUCGGUGUUAUCCGGUUUUCUGCGCUCUAAUAAUGAGUAAUAUCUACGUUCAAGAACCACCAACAAACGGAAAAGUUGUUGUUACAACUUCGUUAGGCGAAAUUGAAAUUGAAUUAUGGAGCAAAGAAUGUCCAAAGGCCUGCAGAAACUUUGUGCAACUAUGUCUUGAGGAAUUCUUCAAUGGAACAAUUUUUCACAGAGUAGUUCCAAAUUUCAUUGCACAAGGAGGAGAUCCUACAGGCACUGGUCAUGGUGGUGAAAGCAUAUAUGGGGAACCAUUCAAGAAUGAAGUUCACUCCCGUCUGCGAUUUGUUAGAAGAGGACUGGUUGCGACCGCAAACACUGGAAAUAAUGACAAUGAAUCUCAGUUUUUCUUUACUUUGGGUGCUUGCCAAGAGUUACAAAACAAACACACAAUAUUUGGCAGGGUUGCUGGAAACACCUUGUUUAACAUGAUUAAAUUCAAUGAUUUGGAUAUUGAUAGUGAAGAAAGGCCUAGGCAUCCUCCUAAAAUACUGAAAACAGAGGUUAUUAACAAUCCAUUUCCUGACAUAGAACCAAGAAUCAGCCAAAAGCAGGUCAAGGAGCCAGAAGAAACCAAACCUAAAGUUAAAAAAACAAAAAAUCUUCAGUUGCUUUCCUUUGGAGAUGAAGAGGAAGAUGAAUCUGAUGCUCAGCUAGUGAAGACAUUUCAAGGGAAAUCUUCUCAUGACCUAACAGAUGAUCCCAGGCUUAGUAUCAUUCCCGCAGUUAAUACGGAGACUGGAGUCGAAAAGAAAACCAACGGUUUUUUUGUUAGAAAUGAUCAGAAGAGAAUUAAGCCGGACGUUGAGAAAAUAGUUUUAGCCGAAAAUGAGCCCAACGAUUCCCCUUCAAAUGCUGAUGACGAGGUAGUUGACGAGAAAAAACAAGAAGCGCAAAACAAAUUGAAAAAAAUCAAAGAGCAAAUAAGAGAUCUAAAAAGAGAAAUGAAAAAUCCUAAUGAAGAUACAGAACAAGAAUUGAUGAAGAAGCAAAAACUUGACGAUGAUCAUGUUAUGGAUAAAGAAGAUAAUGAAAUACUAAAGGAUUUCCAUGAGCAGCAGAAGAAAUACGCAGUGGUGAAAACAACGCGUCGAGGGAAGGGAGCUGAUCGAGAGGCGGAAACACUUGCUUACCUAAAAAAAUUUCAGCAAAAGCUUAGCGAAACGCGAUUGAAAGAAUCAAGUGACAGCGUCGCUGACGAACAAUCGGAUGACCAUACCUGGUUGAAUCAUACCUUAAAAUUCGAAGACAACAAUCCUACGUUAGCCAGAGAUGCCAACACAAAAGGAGACGAUUGGUUUGAGAUAUCUGAUCCUCGUAAUCCCUUAAACAAACGAAGAAGAGAGGAGUCAAAGAAGAUCAUGAAACAGAAAGGAUCUUCUACUAAAAUGGUCUAAAAUUUGGAAUACAAAAAUGUUACGUUUUCGCCUAUGCUGAAUGGUUUUUGAACGAACAUGUCAUCUUCCUAUGUGAGAUGGAAAUUGCGUAAAUAAUAAUGACACUAGCAAUCUUA